AUGCAGGGGUUGCCCUGCCCGUGCCCGGCCCUGCCCCACUUCUGGCAGCCGGGGUCUCCCUUCAUGGCCUCCGGCUCUGGGGCUCAGGGGCCCCUGCUCAGCAUGCAGAGCCUGCGAGCGCAGUACGCAGGCCUGAGACGGCGACAGAAGGCCCAGGCCCACGUGGUGGUGCUGCCGAAAGGAGGGAACAUGCCUGCUCCUGCUGAGGCCAUGGUCAGUGCUGUUUGGAUUAACAAGGAGAGAAGGCAUUCACUGUCCCUAGAAGAGGCGGAUCCUGAGGCAGAGGAGACGCUGGAGGAGGCUGACAGGGGCUGUCUGCAGGCCCCCGAGUCUCCAUGGCACACACACCUAGAGAUGCACCACUCGGUCCAAACCUUCCACCAGGAAACCAGUCGUCAAGUAAAGCACAAGGACAAGUUCAUGGGGUCUGAGCAAAGGCUCCUAGGCUUGUCUGAAGACACUCAAAUGACUCAGCAAGGAAGCACGAUCCCAGAGGCAGCCCAGCAUGAAUGUCAAGUGGGCAAUACCCCAACAAAGGCAGUGAGAUCUGGCUUCAACAUUGGUGCUCAGGACCCUCCUUCCAUAAAGAAGCCACACAGGUCUGGAAGACCUGUUCACUAUCCAUUUCCCCGAAGGAAAACUCCCAGGAUCUCCCAGGUGGCCCGGAACCUGGGCUUAUAUGGCCCAGCCUGAAGCUUUCUACCCAAAGGUCUCAACCUUGAGGCCAUCUGUGGCCUCACCUAAACACUUAGGAGGCAGAGGCACAGCUAGGGCCUCUAGCUGGGAGCAGAACUGGACUCCAUCAAUCGUCGGGAUGGUGGGACCUGAACUUUGCAGUGGGCACGUAGUCUUGUCCUUCAAAAAAAUGAAAGAGAGAUUGCCCAGACCAGACUGCUCACAGCUCAGGAUGAAAGAGUGCUGUCUGAUCAGUGCCACCCCAUUCUGCUUAUAUAAGAAGACAUUGCUAUGGACAUCGAUUCAGUCCUUAGAACUAGAGAUUUUUGAAAUGUAAGACAGAGACCCUAGCCAGUGGAUGCCUCUGCAGUGCCCUAGAGUCGACAGGCGUGGGCAAUCUGGUUUUCAGUAACUUCUGAGGAUUUCUCACAUGUUCUGGAGAAGAGGGGCUCUGAGAAUUUCCUUUUCCUGGUCGCUAUGCCUGGAGGCCAGCUCACUUCCAAGUCUCUACAUUCAUUGGUAGUGACCACACCAUUUUAGCUUGAGCCUCCCAAAGUAGGGUCACCCUGGGUAAAAAGGGUCCAAACGAUGCCACCUACUGUUCUGUGUGUUUAAGUGUCUUUAGGAAGGUUUGGUCAUCUCUCCCCUCUCACUGAUUACACUGCACAUUCCAGUCUCAUUAUAGAUUUAUUUCCUUUCAUCCUUCUCUCUCCAUCCUUUCCUUCCUCCCUCCCUCCCUCC